UUCACGACAAUGAACGAUUCUUAUUAUACUCAAAACCCUAUAAGCCGCAGACAGUAUAAAAACAUAGCUUUCGGAAUGACACUAGUGGCAGUUGGUAAAAAUGUGUGGUGGGGGUACCAGCCAAGUGAAAACAUUUUUGUUCGCCUCAAUGCUAAAUUGUGGGUUGUAAUGGGACACUUGGCUACUUUCCUUGAGAUUUUAUAUGGCUAUUUGAAUUAUGAUUUAUUGAAGAAAUCACAUUUACUUCUGUCGUAUUUUAUUAGUUUGGCUUUGUAUUCAAUCGUUACUAUGAAAAUAUUAACCGCGCAAAGAGAUGUGUACAGAGUUUGUGUAACGAAUUUCAUGAAGGAAUUCCACUUGUACCACUUUCAACAUGAAAACAAAUAUAAUAAAAAGAAAGCAAUCAAAACGGAACGUUUUUCACUCUUUAUCCAAUGUUUUCUCAUAUUAUCCAUAUUUCUAGACGCGCUUAUGUGGUUCAUCACUUCACUGGCAAAGAAUACAAUUCACCUAGAGGAAAUACAUAACAAAACCAUGAUAUUACAGGGUGGCACGUAUAUAUGGAUGCCUUUCGACCACACAUACAAUUUCAAGAACUGGAUUCUAUUGGAAAUAUUUUUCAUGACUUAUUUGCAAUUUGGCAUUGGUUUAGUGAUAUUUUGCGUGGAUAUAAUGACUUUUACAUUCAUGUUACAUUUGAUUGGCCAUUUAGAUAUUCUGAAAAAUGAUAUUGAAAGCCAAGAUUGGAUCGGCUUGAGCGAUUUGGCUGUUAGACAGAAACUUGUGGAUAUACACAACCGAUAUACAUUUAUCAAGAGGAACUUCAAGACAUUCGAAGCGGCUUACGGCAUAAACAUCGGCGCUAUAUUUUUAUUUAAUUUGAUUGCAGACAGCUUACUGAUGUAUCUUCUUAUGUUUAACGAAAAGGAAAACCAAAUGUUAUAUUUCAUUAUGGCAUUCUAUUUCUUUAACAUCCUCAUUGCCUUAUCGUAUGCUACCGAAAAGAUUCGUAAAUUGAGCGAAGAUGUUUUCAUCGCAAUUUAUUCGUGCCCAUGGGAGUCGAUGGCGCUCUCGAAUCAAAAAACGUUAUUAUUGAUGCUUGUCCAAUCACAAGAGCUGUUGGAUUUCAAAGCUUGCGGUUAUUCUAUCGGCUAUCAGCCCAUGAUUAGUAUUAUCAAAGCAACAUUUUCGUACUACGUGAUGUUGAAGGAAACCAAUGAAUGAUGAUAUUAAGAAAAUAGAACAAAUAUAUUAUUAUUAUUAUAAAUAAAUAAAUAUUAAAUGCUAUCAUUUGCACUAAAAAAACAUCUUUGUAUCAAUUAUCAUGUACAAAGCCAGGAACAUUGUUGUGGGUUUUCGUAAAAUA